AGGAUAAAGGAAGGGUAGCGUGCUGGGCGGUGUAGUAGGUCCCGAAGCGGACUAGGCGCACGCCGCCCGCACCCUAGCUGCUCUGGGAUUGGCCGGUUCGCGGCGUCCUCCGUCCCCAACCCAUCGCCGGGGGGGACUUCCUGAGGGUAUUUUUCCUCUUUUCUGCGGUGUCCCCUGGGAGAAGGGAGGCGGACGGCCGGACCCCGAGGUCCGGGAGUGCCCAGCGGCUGCUGGUGCGAGGAGGCCGCGCUCCGCACCUGCCGCCAUGAGGCCCCGGAAAGCCUGCCUGCUGGUGCUGCUCCUGGCGCUGGCUCAGCUGCUGGCGGCGGCAAGCGCGCAGGGAACCGACGAAGAUUCUCCUAAUAGUGAAAAUGCCAUUGAGGAUGAAGAGGAAGAAGAGGAGGAAGAUGAUGAUGAGGAAGACGACUUGGAAGUUAAGGAAGAAAACGGUGUGUUAGUCCUAAAUGAUGCUAACUUUGAUAACUUCGUGGCUGACAAAGAUACAGUGCUGCUGGAGUUUUACGCUCCGUGGUGUGGACAUUGCAAGCAGUUUGCUCCAGAAUAUGAAAAAAUUGCCAGUGUCUUAAAGGAUAAUGAUCCUCCCAUUGCUGUUGCCAAGAUCGAUGCAACCUCAGCAUCCAUGCUGGCCAGCAGGUUUGAUGUGAGUGGGUAUCCCACCAUUAAGAUCCUGAAGAAGGGGCAGGCUGUUGACUACGAGGGCUCCAGGACCCAGGAAGAAAUUGUUGCUAAGGUCAGAGAGGUCUCUCAGCCCAACUGGACACCUCCACCUGAAGUCACGCUUGUGUUGACCAAAGAGAACUUCGACGAAGUUGUGAAUGAUGCGGAUAUCAUUCUGGUGGAGUUUUAUGCCCCAUGGUGUGGACACUGCAAGAAACUUGCCCCUGAAUAUGAGAAGGCUGCCAAGGAGCUCAGCAAGCGCUCCCCUCCGAUUCCCCUGGCAAAAGUCGAUGCCAUUGCAGAAACAGACCUGGCCAAGAGGUUUGACGUCUCUGGCUAUCCCACCCUGAAAAUUUUCCGCAAGGGAAGGCCUUUUGACUACAAUGGCCCACGAGAAAAAUAUGGGAUUGUUGACUACAUGGUUGAACAGUCCGGACCUCCCUCAAAAGAGAUUCUGACCCUGAAGCAGGUCCAGGAUUUCCAGAAAGAUGGGGAUGAUGUCAUCAUCAUUGGGGUCUUUAAGGGGGAGAGCGACCCAGCCUACCAGCAGUAUCAGGAUGCCGCUAACAACCUAAGAGAAGAUUAUAAAUUUCAUCACACUUUCAGCACUGAAAUAGCAAAGUUCUUGAAAGUCUCUCCAGGGAAGCUAGUUGUGAUGCAGCCUGAAAAAUUCCAAUCCAAGUAUGAGCCCAAGAGCAAUGUGAUGGACAUUCAGGGUUCUACGGAGGGGUCAGCCAUCAAGGACUACGUGGUGAAGCAUUCCUUGCCCCUAGUGGGCCACCGCAAGACGGCCAACGAUGCCAAACGGUACAUCAAGCGCCCCCUGGUGGUCGUCUACUAUAGUGUGGACUUCAGCUUUGACUACAGAGCAGCUACUCAGUUUUGGCGGAACAAAGUCCUGGAGGUGGCCAAGGACUUCCCUGAGUACACCUUCGCCAUCGCUGACGAGGAGGACUACUUUUCAGAGGUGAAGGACUUGGGGCUCAGCGAGAGCGGGGAGGAUGUCAACGCAGCCAUCCUGGACGAGAGCGGGAAAAAGUUUGCAAUGGAGCCAGAAGAGUUUGAUUCUGAUGUGCUCCGCGAGUUUGUGACAGCUUUCAAAAAAGGAAAACUAAAGCCCGUCAUCAAAUCCCAGCCAGUGCCAAAGAACAACAAGGGGCCAGUCAAGGUCGUGGUGGGGAAGACCUUCAACUCCAUCGUGAUGGACCCCAAGAACGACGUCCUCAUCGAGUUCUACGCACCAUGGUGUGGGCACUGCAAGCAGCUGGAACCUGUGUACACCAGCCUGGCCAAGAAGUACAAGGGCCAGAAGGGCCUGGUCAUUGCCAAGAUGGAUGCCACCGCCAAUGACGUCACCAGCGACCGAUACAAGGUGGAGGGCUUCCCCACUAUCUAUUUUGCCCCCUGUGGGGACAAAAAGAAUCCAAUUAAAUUUGAGGGUGGAGACAGAGAUCUGGAGCAUUUGAGCAAGUUUGUGGAAGAACAUGCUACAAAACUGAGCAGGACCAAGGAAGAGCUUUGAAGGCCUGGAGGGCUGCAGAGGGUGGGAGGCACCCGGCACACCGAAGCUUCCAACAGUGGCGGCCAGGGCGCCCGUGAGAGCAGGCCGGCCGAGGCCAGUAGCCCAAUGGCAGUAUCACAAUAUUUUUUCUUUUGGUAUUUCACCUCAUGCUCUGAAUACUGGGUAUCCAUGAAUGACUUGGUAGUUUAGUCCAGAUUUUUACAGAGGAUACAUCUAUUUUUAUCAUUAAAUGGGAUUUGGUUUUUAGGGAUUUUUUUUUUUUUUUUGCAACUUCUACUUCCUUUGCUGCUUCCUCAAAGCAGAUAAGUUGAAUCUCCUGUGUGAAAAUGCUUUUUUUUUAAUUUAGUUUAAGAAAACCUUUGCCAAAUCAUGUUGAUUUUGCCCUUUAUUUUAUUGCUGUCUGAGGAAUUGUUAGUGUAAGAAGAUUGGACUACUGUUACGUGUUAGUUUUGGCUUGUUACUGUUUCUGAAUGAAGUAAGAAUUGUCACCAAGCACCCUGCUGGGGAUGGUAUUUCUAUCUGACCUGUGAGCUGUCCACCCAUCCAGGGAGAGGCUGUGCCCCCAAACAGAACCAGGUGUCACCGUUCCAGUUUCCUGUAAACCAAGGGCCAGGUGGAAGGGCAUCGUCCAGGGUACCCCAGACCUAGUUCAGCUCCAUGGAGGGGCCACCCACUACAGCAUCCCCACCACUUCAGAGCCCUCAGAGUUGGGGUAGAAAAGACCUCAGACACAGAUACUUCAGGGCAGUAGAAAGAUAGUGCAGACUGUCAUCAUGGAAUAAAAACAUUAAAAAUGAACCUUAAUCACUAUGUUAGUAAACAUCCACUGUGUGUUGGGAGCCUGGAGGGGUGGUCAGGAGCUGGGUGGAGCUGAAGCUAAGCUGGAAGCCUGGCCUUGGCCUUGUGAUCCUUACCUGACCCUGAAAAUCACUUUGAUUCACUAAGAUGGGGGCUUUAGAGGUCUCCCCUGGGCCCUGUGGAUUCUGGGGCUCUGUGUGUGAUGCCAGCUUUCCUUCCAGGAGUUACUCAUCUCACGGGGUCAGCCAUCUCCAUCAUUCUCAUCCUGCCUCUCCCUUGUCACCUGCCUGCUCCUAUUUUUGACUGAAGCAGAAGUGGGGAGGACAAAAAUUCUUGCAUUGGUGGCAGCUCUUUGAGCAGUGACCGGUUUGUUGCAGGGGUCAGUGGUGGGUAGGGAGCAGCAAGUCCCAGGAAGGGCAGCCCAGGUGGGCUUUUUCUGAAUUAGCUGUUGACCAAGGAAGACCAGGAAUUGUGGGUUCAUGGUGUCUGCACUCUUGUUCAGUUGAGGUACCAGGCAAGCUCUUCCUUCCAAAGUGACUUUUGUGCUGAGACUCCGAGGAUGAGUUGGCUUGAGGUGGAUAAAGCACAGUAGUAAAUCCUGAGACCUGCAGCUUUGCUAUCACCUGGAUGAUUGUUAGAAAUACGGAAUCUCAGCUCGGCGCCUGUGGCUCAAACGGCUAAGGUGCCAGCCAUAUACACCUGAGCUGUCAGGUUUGAAUCCAGCCCAGGCCCACCAAACAACAAUGACAGCUGCAACCAAAAAAUAGCCAGGCAUUGUGGCGGGUGCCUGUAGUCCCAGCUACUUGGGAGGCGGAGGCAGGAGAAUCACUUGAGCCCAGGAGUUGGAGGUUGCUGUGAGCUGUGAUGCCACAGCACUCCACCCAGGGUGAUAGCUUGAGGCUCUGUCUCAAGAAAAAAAAAUAAAAAAGAAAUAACGGAAUCUCAGGAUGGGCCCUGGUCCUGCUGAGUUAAUCUGCAUGUAAGAAGAUCCUAGGAGAAUCCUAGACACAUUGAAGUUUUUUUUCCUUUUUUUAUUUUUUAUUUUUUUGAGACUUACUUUGUCACCGUUGGUAGAGUGGCAUGGCAUCACAGCUCAUAGCAACCUCAAACUCUUGGGCUCAAGCAGUUCUCUUGCCUCAGCCUGCCUAGUAGCUGGACUACAGGUGCCCGCCACAAUGCCUGGCAAUUUUUAGAGAUGGGAUCUGUCUUAACUCUUGCCAGGCUGGUCUCAAACUCCUGAGCUCAAGCAAUCCACCUGCCUCUGCCUCCCAGAAUGCUAGGAUUAUGGGUGUGAGCCACUUUGCGCCCAGCCUGACACAUUGAAGUUUGAGAAAUAUUAGAAGUAAAUGUUCAGGCAUAGGUCCGCAUGUGCAGAGGCCCUGAGGUGGAAAUCAAAACGUAUCCUCUUCUGAACUACAGUCUAGAAACCAUGUUGACUAAGAAAUGCAUAUUCCUCUAUGCUGACUGCAGAAGGCAGGACCCUGUGAAGGCCGGAAGUAUGUCAAUUAUAAUUCAAUGUCAUAAGUACCAUGGUGAAGGUGUAUACAGGGGCCUCAAAGGACAUUUUCUUUUUUUUUUUUUUUUUUUUUUUUGUGGAGACAGAGUUUCACUUUAUUGCCCUUGGUAGAGUGCCAUGGCCACAGCUCACAGCAACCUCCAACUCCUGGGCUUAGGCGAUUCUUUUGCCUCAGCCUCCCAAAUAGCUGGGACUACAGACGCCCGCCACAACGCCCAGCUAUUUUUUUGUUGCAGUUUGGCCGGGGCUGGGUUUGAACCCGCCACCCUCGGUAUAUGGGGCCGGCACCCUGUUCACUGAGCCACAGGCGCCGCCCUCAAAGGACAUUUUCCCAAAGGCAGGUUGACUCACUGGGAGGAGGAAGAGGGAAGAUGUGAACUACCCAAGUGGGAGCAUAGCAGGUGCAAAGGGACAGGCAUGAGAGCCCCCAAGUGAACAUGUAGGCUCAUAGACAGGGCACUGAGUAGGGACAGGAUGGAAGAGGUAGGGCAGGUGAGGGGGCCUGCCGUGAGUCACGAGUACUUGAUCCUGUCUCACAGGUACGUGAGGUGAUCAGUUUGAGGUUCAAUAGAGUAAUAGCAUUUAUCUGGUGCUUGGCAAAGGCCAGACCUUGUGCUGAGCAAUUCGCCAGAUUGUCUCCUUUCAGCAAUCUGAGAGGUAGAGUAUAUUGUCUUGAGGUUACAACUGAAGAAGGGGAUGGGUAUGGGGCUAACCAGCCCCAGGGGUGGGUCUGGCAGAUGGAGAGAUGAACUUGACCUCAGGCAUGGUGCUAUGGUUUCUCCCAUGAGGAAAAUCUGGUCUAGUAGGCAGGGAGCAGUGGGCUGGCUGCCUCUAGGGUAGGGCAUGGGCACUCUCAGGGUUGGGAGCAGGACCUUCGGGACGGGCUGAACCGCUACUGGUGGGGGGAUGAGCUGACCUGAGAAGGCUGACAGGCACCAUCUCAGCAGCUUCAGCCAUCCCCAUUUCUAAAUGGAGGAGGACUUUUUUGUUAAUUGUGAAACUUUUCAAGCAUACAAAAACAGAAUAACCCACAUCCUUCACUCAUUAAAGGCUGAGUCAAGGACACCUAAAACAGUUGUCAAAGUUUUGCUACACUUCCUUUGUUCAUCUUUUUUCUUUAAUGAUGCAUCCAAGACAUGUUUUACCCCUGUAUACGGAGCCACCAAGAUAAACAAGAACUCAUCCGGUGCCCAGCCCCCGGUCACAUUUCCCCAAUUGCCCCCAAACGUCGCUCUACCAAUGAUGCCUGAACUUCUGCCUGAUCCUCACCUAUUUUGUUUGCCACAACUUUAACUCACUGCAGAAAGUGACAUAUAUCUUGCUGAAUUUUGUGGGAGUGUGAGGAACAUAACAUUUUCCUCUGAUCUGGGCAUAGCAAACAAUACCAAAUCUUAAACUCAUCAGUUGAGUGCCUGAGUGUUAGAGACUCGGCAUGUAUCAGGAACCAAAGCCUUAAGCCAGGCUUUUUUACUGUUCAUAGCGGUGUAACUUUGGGUGACUUGCCUAAUCCCUGGCUGAGUUUAUUUUCCCAUCUCUAAGACAAAGAUACAAGCUUCUAGAUAGGGCACUUGUAAGGAGUAAGUGAGAUACCUGGGGAUGGGGGGGAUUAGCACUGUCCCAGUGUGUGCUGCACAGGCCAGAGGCCCUGCACUGGCUCUUCUGAGUGUUUUUCUGCAGUGUUAAUGUGAUUCCCAGUGAGUGAGGGGAAUUUGGCGUACAGAACAUCAGGCGGCAACUUGAAGGUCUGCAGAGCCCCAAAGUGCUCUUUCUGAAGACCUUUUUGAAAACUUUGUCUCUCCUUCCAGCUGUAAUAAUGGGCCCAUGGGCCACUGACAUAGCAUUGUGCAGACAUGAGGUAGCUCCCAAGUGGAAGGCAUGGGCCUGUGUGUGUAAAAUGCAGAUUUAUGGGCACCGACCUGGCCUACUGACUCAGCCAGUGGGUGGGAGCCCGGCAUCUAUUCAGAAGCUCCCGGCUCCAUUGCAUUUUACCACCACAAUGCAGGCAGGACUGGCCUAUCACUUCCAUCAGAGAGAAAAGGGAAUACAGGGCAGAGAUUCCUCAGAGCGUUGGGAGCCAAACCAGGGUUCUUCCAAAGACCAGUGUCUCCCAAAGAAUGCUGGUGACACUUCUGAAGGAGGUUAAUAAGUUUUCCAUUAACAAAAUUCUGUGAGUUAUUUGGCUGGGAAAUGCAAGAGCUAACAAAAUACUUCUGUGGGGCUCUUUGCUUUUAUGUUUUUAUUUUUGAGAUAGAGUCGCACUCUGUUACCCAGGCUAGAUUGCUAUGGUGUCAGCCUAGCUCACAGCAACCUCAGACUACUGGGUUCAAGCAAUCCCUCCUAAGCCUCCCGAGUAACUGAGACUAUAGGUACCCACCACAAUACCUGGCUAAUUUUUCUAUUUUUAAUAGAAAUGGGGUCUCGCUCUUGCUUGAACUCCCAAGCUCCAGGGAUCCUCCGGCCUCAGCUUCCCAGAGUGCUAAGAUUACAGGCCUGAGCCACCAAGCUGAGCUGUAAGGCUCUUUGUGAAAGCUCUGGGUCUGUGGCACAGCAGGCGGGGGACCUCUGAGAGAUGCUAGAACCCUUGCCUGGCUUCUCUGACUGCAAAUCCCACAAUCCAGGAGUUCCACAAUGACUGGCUCCCCUAAAACUAAGUGUUCCUGAGGAAAACCAAUCCCCCUCCCCUCAUCAGUGUAGGCCAGGGAGGGCUCCAGGUGACCCAAGGGCAAAUCUCACCCCAAACCCGUUCCAGUGUACAACUUGACUCCCACUAAAUUGGGAGUCUAACAUUGUUCUCUGAAGAUCCUAUCAGCUGAGGCAAAGGGCUUAAACCCUGAGAGGACACUAUUACUAUAGCUUUUUGAUUCCCAUUAUGAUGAGAAUGAAGAGAUGGUUAUUUUCUACAGCAUGACAUUUUGGUCACUGACAAAAGUGGUUCUGUAAGAUUGCAAUGGAGCUGAAAAGUUCUUAUUGCUUAGUUAUGUCGUGACCCUCAUGAUGUCAUAGCACGGUUACUGUAUUUUAAAAUAAAUUUAGUAUAGCCUAAGUGUACAGUGUCUGUAAAGUCUACAGUAGUGGACAGUAAUGCCCUAGACCUUUACUUUCAAUCACCACUCACCCACCCAGAGCCACUUCCAGUCCUGCAAGCUUCGAGCACGGUGGGUGCCCUGUACCGGUGUGCUCUUUAGCCUUCAUUACUAUACGGUCAGAUAUGUUCACAUACACAAAUAUCUCAACCAUGGCUUAGGGUUGCCUCAGUAUUUGGUGCAGUCACAUGCUGUGUGGGUUUGUGGCCUCAGAACAAAGGGUCGUGCAGAAGAGCCUGGGUUUGCAGACAGCCGUACCAUCUGGUUUGUGUCAAUGCCUCUGUGGUGGUCGUGCAACAACAAAAUUGCCUAAUAAAGCAUUUCUUAGAAGA